UGCUGGACGCACAACUCAGAGAUUUACUCAGAGCAUGGGACAGCUUCUUUGCAGGGGAUUUCUACCAAGAUCAAAAAGCAGGGAAGUCAGACUUGGAAAAGUGGAGAUUAUUAAAGCGCUGAACGGUCUCACAAUGCCAGAUAUUGAACCGCUCAGAUUUCCGUCAAGAGAAGAGAGACGACCUCCACAAACAAAUCAAGUUGAUCUCCAGGGAGCCUGCUCUGGUCGGCGUCGUACUUGUGCUCUGCUCAACAGCCCCCUGCCAUGUGUGAGCAGUGCUAUUCAACACAUUCAAGAGCUGAGAGCCAAAGUGGACAAAUGUUUUGAACAGCCUGGGAAGUAUCAUCCCCAAAUGGACCUGGACAAGCACCCAUAUGGUCAAACUCUACGAUUUCAACCUGGAGAUUCGGAUUCUGACUCAGUCAUGUCUACAGAGUUAGUAAUUGAAGGCAUUGGAUUAACACCAAGAGAAAGCUCCUCAUCAUCACCACUACUCAAGAAAAUAAAUGAUGUCCUCAGAGAGGUUGUGUAUCUGAUAGAGCGUCUGGAGGCAGAUCGGCAGUAUGCACAGGAAGCUCUGCUCGUUGAAAAGAAAAGAAAGAAGUUUUUGGAAAAUAAAUUUGACAGUAUUUCUUUGUGGAUGCAGAAGGAGCAUUCAUUUGUUGUCCAAAAAGAGCAUGAGUCUUGCUUGAGAGACAUCACAGAACUGAAAUGGCAGCUCCGGUUGGAAAAGGACAAACUUGAGCAGCUCGAGGACAAACUGGCCCAGACUGAGAUGAAAAAGCAGCGUUUACAAGAAGACAUCAACUACUCCACAGAACAAAUCCCCAUAGUGAAGGACAAUACGGACUACCAAAGGAGCCUUAUACAAGAGAUCAGUGCAGAACAAAAAGAGGCUGACUUAUUGUGCUUGAAAAAACGUGCAAUUCUGGCCAUGGUUGAGAAAGAGUACAAUGACACCAAGGAUUUAGCUGAAAAUGAGAGAAAUUCCAUGGAAUUUGAGCUGUUGUCUAUGAGAAAUCAGCUGGCAAAGAGAAAGGAAGAUUUAGUGCAGUUAUUAGCAGAGCAAAUGGAAGUUGAUACCAACAUAAGGGAAGCUAAAGAAUCUCUGGCUCUAACCAAGGAAACAUGCUCAACUACAUGUGAUAAUAUUACAAAGUUAACAGAAGUAGAGAAAACCUACAAAGAUGAGAUUUCAAACAUAAAAAUCCAAAGUGAAGAAGAAAUGAAAAAGAAUGACAAGUUACAAAAGAAGAUUCAUUCACUAAUGGAAGAUAUUGAGAAAACUAGACUUCAUGGAGAGGCAGAAGUAUCUAGCACCAAAGAACAGCUAGUUUCUGCUGGUAAUGUUUUUAAUGCUCUUUGGGAAGAAAACUUGGAUAGUGAAGAAAAGGUAGAAGAGUACAAGACCAAAAUUUCUGAAAGCAAGAACGCAGUGAAGCAGAUGCGAGAGGAAAGGAAGCAGAUGCUCCAGAAAAUCAUUGACAAUGACGAGCAGUGGGAAAGGGCCAAGGAGGAAGUGACCCUGGUUGUUGCACAGCACUGUGCCACCCAGGCUAAGCUGGAAGAGCAGGAACAGCUCACCUUCAUGGAAGAAGAAAAGGGCAGGAAAGUUAUCGAAAGCCUCAGGAAAGAUCUGACUAGUCAGAUAACUGCCCUGGAAAAAGCUCAAGGUCAGUGUGCAAAGAUCAAAGAUGAAAUGUAUCACCAUCAAAGAGCUGCCGAGCAAACCAACCUCAAACUUCAGAGAGAAUUUGAGGAGGCUUUAUCUGCAAUGAAAUUCUUAGAAUUCAGUACUGGUAAUUUUAAGGCAUUGAUUAGACAAUUGGAAGACCUUGAGAGUGGUCACAGGAGAACUUUGGACAGCCUUAAUAAAGAGAAAAUUGCUAAACAAGGACAAUUACAGGCUGCUAAGGAUUUACACACUGCUACAAUAAAGAGAUAUGAUAGCGCUGUGGACAGGACCAGUGAACUCACAAAGCAGAGUAAAGAUUUCCACCAAGCUUCUGAUCGGAUGGAAACAGCAUUGGAGACUAUGCCGGCAGUCACUGAAGAGCUUGAGAGUGUUUUUGCUGUGGUAGAAUUCAAAAACAAAUCAGCUGCUCUCAUAAUGAACACCUUGCAGUCUGAUAUUAAUAACUGCUUACAACGAACACAGCGAUCCAUGCAGGUGCACACUGCUCAUGUUACAGCAAGGAAAAAGAAAAUGGAAGACACCGAGGAGGCGCUCACAGUUGCUCUGAGCAAGAACAAGCAGUUGGCAAGGACCUACAAGCACCUGACUGAAGUCCUGUUGGAGGCCAAACAAGAGGCUGUGUCUGCCCUGACUGACAAAAACAAUGCUCAAAGAUCUUUUCUCUAUUACACCCAGCUCUCUUUGUUGCAGAAGAGGAUGCACAAAGCUUUGGUGGAAUACUUCAAACAACGCAGUCUCUACAGCCAGGCUGAACUGGAUCAGUGCCAGGCUCUUUCCCGAGAGACCGACCAGAAAAUAAAAACAGCCCAGGAGUGGUUGGCUGGAGAAAUCCAUGCUAUUUCAGCAUUCCUGCAGUCUUUCACAGAUGACUCCACUUCCAUGGAUGAAGCCCGGGUGAACAAACAAGCCAGUUCAGAUGCAACUGAAUCAAAUAAGUAGAUUCCUUGAGUUCUAACAGCAGUGUAAUUGGACAUUCACCUGUACCAGACAACUUACUUACCACAGCACGCUUCACUAUCCCCCUCUUUACUCGCCGCACAUCCAUAACAAUGAAACAGGUGACUUUCAUGCUGCUGUCAGGACUGAUCUAAUUUUAGCUGGGUGAAUGAUUGCAAUUGGCUUUGCCUCAUCAGAUAAUUAAUCUAUGUCACCAUUAAUUGGAAAAGAGAAUAAUUACAGGCAGUGUUGACAGAAAUUCUACGCUUCUCCAGAUUCCAAGAUCUAAUUACAACUAGUGAAACCCGGUGACCUUAACUAGCACUUAGCUCUCGACCACCACCUUGACCAUGCCUAUGCCAAGUCCAGUGUUUCUUUAAAAGCUGUUUUCAUUAUCAUACACACACUCCUUCCUCUCCUCACUCUCCGAAAGCUGUCUCUCUCAAUCACUUUUCAAUAUUCAAUCUUAAUUUUGUGGAAGUUUAGCAUUUUCAAUGAGCUGGAGAUGAAUGAUUAAUGAAUAAAUUUAAAUGCUUCAUUUUGUCCAUGGAUCAUUAGUUAAGUCCUUUGUGGGAAGGACCUGAGAAAGGAGUGAAAAUUAUUGAGACAUUAGCCUGAAGCAAUCCAGGGGUAAAUAGUGUGCACAAAAGGAUGUUGUGUGCGCACUAUCCACUGGCUUUUCAGAACCCUGGGGACACUCUAUUUUCAAUUUAAUCUUAACUAAAUUACAUAGAACGCUUGUGAAAACAAAUUUUGUGUUGUAUCAUGUUUUAGCAAUGUCAUACUUAUACCAAUGUACACUGCUAGAAAUGAAAGUCAGGUGUUAUUAUUAUGAUUGUAUAACUUUGAAAGAAAACAUACUUCAGCUGACCAUUUUCCAGUAGUUAAAAUAAAUGAGCUUUUGUCUGUUCUUAAGAUAGUACUUUAAGCUAUGUGUGAAUAUGUGAGGAGGGGUUUGGUGAUGCAGCUAAGAGAAGCCUUUGUGACUUGUGAGACAGAAGGGGGCAGUGUGAACCUACAACUUUACGCAUAGAAAGUAAAGGCAUUUUAUUUUAAUGUUGUUGUUUUUUUUACUGUAUAGUCUUUAGUGUAACAUGUUUGGAGGAAAAACAAUAUCUGCCAACCAUAUAGUUUCACUGCGGUAUUGUACAAAUAUAGACACAAGUAAAGUCAGGGUUAAGAAUUAAUAUCUCUUAAAGCUAUCAUCUUGUAGAUUUCAGAAAGCACCUUGAGGAGAAAAAUGCCUGGUCUACCUCAUAUUCCUUAAGGCUU